GGUUGACAGUAUAAUACUCACAAUCUUGCAUCGAAGGCAUCCCUUCACCACGAAAUAGGAUCAAGCAUAGAAUUCCCGAUCGAACUCUGAACGAUAACAAAUACAAUAUACACAUGAUGUACAAAUCCUUACCUCUUGUUCUUUUGCUGACGAGCAUACUGAACUAUAAUACACACGCUGUGUCAAUUUCGGGCGAGAUUUUUAUAGCAGCCAAUGCUAAUAAGAAUCGAUUCGAUGUCGAAAAUCCAAGAUCGAUGGACAGGGUGGAAUCAGGUCUAUCAAUAGUUCAGCCCAACACUCCGAAGAUUGUUAACAGCGAUCGACAUGCGAGGAGUUCUGAUUCGAAUUGGCGCUCGGAGUCAAUGGGCGGUAGUAGUAAGAGAAUUGAUAGGCGUGGUAAGCUGCAGCAUAUGGAGAUGAAUAGGCAGCAAGUGCUAACACCGGCCAUGGAGCAAGUGAAAAGUAAUUAUGUGCUGCGAAUGGGUGACCGCUUCAGCAGUCAGCCUAUAGCUGGCCUCAUCAAAGAGUCCACAUCAUCGCACAACGGAUACGACUGAACAAGUAUGACUGUCGCGAGACAAAGCAAAUAUAACGGAAGAACAAAGAAGAACACGGGAAGAUCAUCACCAAGACAAGAAUCUACGGACGACGCCAAACACACACGUAGGUGUCGUUAAGCUGUACUGUGCCGAAUUCCCAAGUUAAGAAACAACGAUAUAAGAGCGGGUAGAUGUAGGGUAGCAGAUAAGACUCAAACAGGAAGUUCAAUCCACUCUGUAUAAAUCGCUUACUCCCCAGGACUUUGGUGAGUAUCUCAGGCCGCUCGAUUGUAUCCCUUAUAACCCCAUAAACCAGCGC